AUGUCAGUGUCCCAACACGAACAGGACUACGCCUUAGAAAGCUCACCGGCGCCGAGUGAGGUGGUGAUGCUUACGGAACCACCGUUCAUUCCUAUCUCCGAAGACCAGCUGGUCAAUGAAGUACAGAGAAUCUAUUCCGACCUGGUCAACGUGGAGAAGAGAUGCGUUGAAAUGGUCCAGCAGUGGCGUGAAUGCAAGGUAGAAUUGUCCAGCCUCCUGCACUGCCACCAAAACUUACUUGAGAUGUACCUUGAUUUCUUCCUCACAUCCCAGCGCCUCUCUGGCGGGACGAUAUUGAAGAGCGUUGCAGAAAAGUAUCAGAUGCCUACACGUGUGUGGGGCACCGGGAUCAACUCGCCCCUAGCCGCACUGAAAGCCAAACGUCCGCAAUCGUUGGAUUACGUGUGGACAUUCAUCUAUAUCGCCUAUUCGAGUCUCACUUCUCUGUUAGAGAACGUCUCAGUAUUUCGCGAGACAUGGAUGGACUUUCUUGGGGAUCUAGCCCAAUUUGGCAUGGACUUCAAAGAAUCGGAAAUGGAUUGCAAAGUCUGGGCCGGCAUAGCGCGAGAUUGGUACAGUCAAGUCUCGGAUCAAUCACCUAAAAUUGGCCGAAUACAAUAUCGUCUAGCAAUGAUAGCUUGGCCAGAUUUUCUCAAGCAACUAUUUCUCCUCAUGAAGGCACUGAUUACCGUGUUCCCUUUCCCUGAUGCACGAGACGGGAUUGAGUGGCUCUUUACUCAUUUUGAGAAAAAGGGCAUUGUUUACGCAAUCCCCCCUGGUGAAUUUAUUACUCUCCGGAAUCGUUUCUUGGCUCUGUUACAACGGGACACUCGCCUGCUACUCACUGAACAACAAGUAGUCCAUAUUGUGUCCUGUAAUAUCGCCUCGGUUCUUCAAUAUGGCGAGCCUGAUGCCGUCAUAGCCUUAUCGUGGUUCAAGCGACAUGGGGAAACCAACUUCAAGGAGGCACACAAUGUGGCACUUGAGUUGAUGUCAGGCCAGAAACGGUGCUCAAUUGAAGCUGGCACCGCCAUCAACCCUCAAAUCGCGUACCAAGAAAGCUCUCUCGCAUUCCAUACACUAUCCGUCCUUCUUGACCAAGUGGAUAACCCAACUGUCUUUCCCAGUAUUCACAUAUCGUUGUCAUUCGUCUGGUGUCUGGCUCUUCAUCCACCUGCAAUGCAGCAGCUUGAACGAUACAUUCCCUGGAUGCGAAUCACGCACUACCUCAAUAGCUUGGUCAAGCCUGAUACAGUUAUCUCAAUAUUUGGACGAUCUUCAUUCCCACUGACCGACGGAUCGAUAAAAUACCUACCAGAAGAUUUCCUCAUUCGGGGCCAGUCAUGGAGUCAGCUUUACCACCCAGAUGACUUCUUCAAUGAUGCCCCUCCAGAACAUGACAGACGAAUUAUUGAAAACCAAUAUACUGCCACCUUGAGACUGUACCGGUGCCUCUGGUUAGGUGGUCGCAUUGCAACUGUUAUCAAACUGCUCUUGGACAGGGGUGCGGACGUCAACGCAUGGGGCGGUGAGUACGGCAGCGCUCUCCAGGUCGCCUCGUCGCAAGGUCAUCAAGAGGCUGUCAGACGAAAUUAA